AUGUCGCACGGCCGCGCCCGUCACUCGCCGCUUUCGCCCGCACAAGUGCCGGCCCCAGCGCCGCCUCUUGAACCGCCGCUGCAAUCGCGCGACGUGCGACUGCUCGUGCCCCGUAUGGUCUUCUGCGGCGAGUGCGGGUCGCCACUGGCGCCCAGCGACCUGCAGGCGCCCACGUGUCCGCAUUGCGGUCAAGCCCGCCCCGGGGUCGACGCAGCGCUGCCGCCCGCCGAUGCUGCGCAGGCGCUCGCCGAGUACGAAGCGCAGCAGCGCGCGGCGGUGGAGCACGCGAACGCCCGUCGACAAGCAGAGCUCGAGGCGCAGCGGCAGCAGCAUCUCGAGGUGGCGCAGGCCGCGCGCGCCCGACGCGAAGCGGCCGAGCGCGAGGCGCAGGAGAAACUCGCGAAAGCGGCGAAGCUGCGGGCAGCAGCGCUGGCGGCGCAGGAGGAGCUGGAGAAACAGGAGGCGAAGCGCGUGGCAAAAGAGCGGCAGCGGGAAGAGAGUCGGCGGCUGCGCGAGGAGCAGCAGCGACGGGAAGCGAAGCGCCGUGCGGCGCAGGAGGACGCGCGACGCGCGUUUGAAGCCAAACGGGAAGAGGAGCAGCGCUGGGCGCAAGCGAAAGAGGACGAGGACCGCUUGCGGCGCGAGGCCGUGCGCCUGUCGACGCUGUCCGAGUCGGCAGCGGCGCUGGUCGCUGCGACGUCGAGUGCAGCGGCUGCGCCGGCAGCGGCAGCGACAACAAUUGCGUGUGUGCAGUGCAACGCGUCGCUGAAAGCCGCGCAGAAAUUCUGCUUGCAAUGCGGCACGAAAGUCGCUGCUGCUCCUGUUGCUGUCACGUCUGGCAGUAGCUGGUCGUCGCCUGCUGCUGGGAACGCUGUGGGCGGCAGUGGCUUUGCUGCGCCGUUGCAGCGCACCCAGUCGUCGCUGUCGAAUUCGUCGUCGUCGUCCUCAUUUUCCCUGCCAGGCGGCGACCACAAGUGCACGACGUGCAGUUUCACGCUCAAGGCAGCACAGAAAUUCUGCCCAAAGUGCGGGUCGAAGGUACUUGGUGCUGCACCGGCGCCAGCAGCGAUGCCGUCGCCUGCGUCUUCUGUUAGCUCGGUAUCUUCUUUCUCGGCUUUGGAGCUCACACCGGCAACACCGAGUGCUUGCACGGGGUGUAGCAAGCCCGUGAAGCCCACGCAGAAGUUUUGCUUGCACUGUGGAACUAAGGUGACGGCAGCCGCUACACCCGCUGCCGUGGCCCCAAGUUUGCCGUCAUCGUCGUACGCGACUGUGCCGUUGCCUGCACCGAUCCCUACAUUCGGAUCGCAAUCAGCGUCCGCUUCGCAGCCUAGCACGAAGCGCUGCCCGACGUGCAGCAAAGAGUGCAAGUUUGGGGCCAAGUUUUGCAUGGGCUGUGGCUUCAAUUUUGCCAAGAGCGACGAAGAAGAAGUCGCGCGGAACAUGGAGACGGCACGUCUGCGUCGACAGGGAGUUCGGGACCAAGAGCAGCAGCAGCGUCAGCAGGCUUCGCUAAUGGCCAACCAGGCUGCACAAGCGUUCCAGCCGUCCUGGUGA